AUGCCGCGAAACCGUCACGUGCAUGUGAAUACUGAAGUUCGUCAUUCUGGGAGCAUGAGUGUCACGUCACAAUUGGCAUUGGAUGAAGCUGUGGCUAAAGCUUUGCAGUACUACGAAAACAAGCUUGCUGUUGCCUCCACAAGUGAAUCUCCUGCUGCAGAAGAUUACGGUUAGGGUUUUCAUUAUAUCUGGAAUAUAUACAUAAAUAUAUGUUACUCCUUCUGGAUGAUACAUGUAUGGUACUUAUGUGAUUUAGUGAAAAUAUAGACAGAUUAUCUCAUGUAUUUAUCCAUUAAUAUUUCCUUCCUUUUUUUUUCUUUUUUCUUUUUUUGCAUCACCCCUUGCUGUCAAGCUUAAGUGAAAUGGGCACUCAGAACUUUCCCUGUGUGGAUAUUCUAGAACACCAUUAACAUUCCAUUUCUGAUAGAAAGCGACAUAUUGUACAAUUCCUUUACUAUCAUAUCCAUGCUGAAACUAGGCUCUCGUGCAAUUUUAUCUCUCUAUUAUCCUCUUAGGUUUUGAUUUUAUGACUUUGAUUGUUCAUAUAGCGUUGAUCCCAGUACUGAUCCCAAUUUGCAUUUGAUUCUUCCAGGAAGAUCAUCAAAUGCCACAAAUGGCAAUACAGCUUCUACGAUCACAUCUGAUCUGGUGAAUUUUUUAUUGUGCAUUAUUUAUCUGUCAUUUAAGAGUUUACAUUUAAUAUCCUUAUAUUAUCUGCAUCUGCAUGUUCUUUCCAGGCCACCAGGCAAGAUGAUAUUGAUCCUGAUGACAUGAAUUAUGAGGUGCUCUUAGACAGCAUGAAUUUUUCUUUCGUAAUUUUUGUUCUUCCUCUUGCUAGUUAUAUAUUUUUUGAUGCUAUUUUUUGUUGUGAAAAUGCCAGAAUGAGGCUUUUAAAUUAAUCACCGAUGAAUUUUCAUAUUUUCCAGUGGAUUCGCGUCGGUUGUUCUUGCACCAGAAGUGGGUUAUUGGGAUCUCGAUUUGGGGUUCUGGGAAUUCAAGCAUUUCCUCAGUAGCUAUAAAUGUGAAACAGACAAGUAAUCAUUAUCGACGCUGUCCAAAGUUGCAGUUCUAAACGGUCUUAAAAAAAGUGGGAACUCCCGAUACACUGCUGAUCUUAUUUUUAGAUGGUUUUUUUUUCUCUUGAUCAAGGAGAAUCCUGCACCGUGGACAUGUCCCUCAGUAAUAUAUAGCCUCAUUAUUUUCUACCUAAAAUGACGGAAUAUUUUUUAUUGAAGAAUAACUACAGCCCAAGAACAUUCAUGGAAACUCAGAUUGAAAUGCACGAAGAUCUCAGAGUGGUUCGUCCUGGGUCUGAUCAAAUUUCUGGCCUUAUCCUUUCAUUGUAGUAGAGGACGUUUUCCUGCAUGUUGAUUUACAACAAAUAAUACAACUUCUUGAGCCAUGGUAUUACCGUGAAUUUUAGCACCCAUCUCCGUUAAAUCCCCGACUUCGUUAAAAAAACAUCAAUUUGGUCGUUCUUUUGCAGUUUUUUUUUUCAAAAAAAAUGGUUAAAAAGAGGAUCAAAAGUGCAAACAGCUUGACGCACUAUCUCCCUUCAACCCUUUGAACGAAAUGUGACAGAAGGAAGGAAAAUCUAUGGAUCAACCCCGAUGUCUCCACCCUGUAGGAACUAGGAAAUUUUGAGGGUGGAGGAAGAUGAUUCUCGCCAAAAUAUGAACCCAAAAAGUGUCAUUUUCAUACAAAUUUGGACACAAAAUCAUGAAAAGGUAUUAAUUCUGGUAGCCUUUCUGCUGUUUUUAAUCAGGAAAAUGUGGGUAACCAACCGAUAAUUGAGGACAAGACAAUCCGAUACUGUGUCCAAAACCAAAACAGUGGUGAUCCGUAAUGAGUAAGUGCGGCAGUACAAUAGCGUGAAGUAAUCCCCCAUUCCCCAAAGUCACUCCAUCUAGGUCGGUGAAUCUUAUACAGUGUCAGACUAAAAUAAUAGGAGCUCGAAUGGCAAGCCUAGCAACAGCACUGAAGGUGGUGGUGUCUGCUGUCAAGUAGCUUGUUGCGUCUGGUCAACUCUCCUUGCCCUUCAAGUCAACAGGGCUUUCCAGAUAGAAGACAUUUUUGAUUAUGUACUUUGAACCGAAAAGUUAAAACGUUAUCGGAUCAGAAAGUUUCUCUAAAUAGAUGAAUUUGAACUUUCCUCUCGUUUCAAAAUGGUACUAAUUUGAGGCUUGUUUGAUCACAUCAAAUGGUAAUACUGAGCCUUCAACUUUUUUGGGUAAAAUUUAAUUCAUAUCGCGGUUAGUAAUAUCCUGAUCUCAGUUCAAAACAGCUUGGUGCACUAGGAGUCGUUCUACCCUUUAUAUUGUUUUGUUCUUCAUUUUGGGGAUGUAAAUCGAUUCCUGUCCUCACUUCCUAGGAGUUACAAGCACUAGGGGAAGCCAUUGGCGCUGAAACCAGGGGAUUAUCGGAUGAGCUUAUUUCCUUCUUGACACCUUCCAUGUACGCGACAGGAUUCGUCUUAAGAGAUGAACAUGCUGAGUAAGAAUUUAUUUAUGUUAUCACUACACUUUUUCUUGCUUGUCAAACUAUUGAAAUGUUUUUAACUAAAAAAAAAUACUUUCCUUAUUUAAUAUUAGUCACAGUUUCGUUCAAAAUAUGAUGUUUUGAUGAUUCGUUUCCGUGUCUAGAUGCUGAGAUUUUUCCUGCGAGGAAUUUUUAUCUUUGGCAGAAAUCAAGCUCGCAUUCAGGCAGAAAAGAGAGAGCGGUAAUGGGGCGGGGGGUGCCAAUGGAUCAAGAUACUAUUUGCCUAAAGAAGUGGCAUUGGGCUCGAGAGUGUGGCAAAGCUGGCAAAUGCUUCUCUUCUCAAGGAGGAUUAGCCCGCCAUGAAGUGAUGAAAUUAGACCGUUGCUGGGGAGAAUGGUGCUUGCAGAUCAAAUAGGAAGGUUUUAUACAUAAAGGGUACCCACCAUAAGAAGAGAAAAAGUAUGCGAAGAGGGCCACUGAAAUCUACAGUCUUUGCUUUUUUGGGGACGAUUAUGUCAGGCUAAGGAAGUUUAAUGUGAAUAGUUGGCCUUUCUUUCCUAAAGUAGGCAGUGGAUGGUGUCACUCUUUAUUUACAGGCAGGAGGGAAAUGCUGCAGGAAGUUUGUGCAGAUCUAAACGGGUGGACAGCCGGACAUUUAAGGAAACGUUGUCUAUAAGUUGCCCAGUGUGAGUGUUGGGUGUUGCAAGAAGUGAAGAAGAGCCAUCAGGUAGGUAGGUGCCCUCGAUUUGGCAUAAGGUGUUGCAGGAGGUGAAGAAAAGGAUGAGGAAAGAGGCCUAGAUUGGGCAUAAGAUGCCGCAAAGGGGAAGAAAAUAAUGAAAGGUAGCCUCUGCUGGGCAGAGAGUAUUGCCAGAGGGAGAGAAAGGAGCGAGGAGAGUAGCCCUCAUAGGGGGGGGGAGGAUAUGGUGCUGCAAGGGGCCAAGAAAAGAAUGAGGAAAGGGGCUACUUUCCUCAUCCAGAACGGCCAUUUCCUUCUAUGUAUUUAAUUGUGGUAAUUAUUGCAGAGAGACCUAAACAAGGAAAUCUAUUUGCUUCCAUGGGCAUCCAAUACGCCGUGGCUAAAACUGAAAGGCAGCUCCUUCCAUGUUCUUAUUUUCUCGAUCAAAAAAAUGUUAUAAAAAAAUAUUAAAUGGGUUUUUUAAUUAAUUUGACCUUAGAAAAAAAUGAUGAUGCACGAGAUUAUCAUCUCAUAAUGGCUGCGAGUUAGUGUCGGGUCUCUUUUUUUUUCUUUUUUUACUUAUUAGUGUUUUUUUUAUUUUUCGGCUUGCUUCAAGCCCUUUGGGGCAUCAUCAUCUCAAACUUUUUCUGCACUCAGAUGCGUAAUCUGCUGCAUGCCUUAUGAAGACCAAGCGGCGCUGAUCACAUUGCCUUGCGAACAUCACUACCAUUCCGAUUGCAUCAGGCCGUGGCUCAAAAUUAAUAAGGUGGGCUGCCCUGAUUUUAUAGAUUCCCUUCAGUUGCUACGAUUACUCUUGCUCAUUGACUUUGAUCGGCGAGUUCGAUUCUUGAUGCAAUUCCUUCUAAGAAUCUUCUGGCGCAUGAACUGAGCUCCGAGCAUAAUAAUCAGACAGCAGAUGACACUCGAGUAGGAUGAUAGCGAGCAUGAACUGUUUGAGAUUUCUGAGGCUCCGGAUUUGCAGGGCCGGGUGGGCUGCCCUGAAUUAUAUUUUUUUCUGCCGUCAUUGAAUUGCACGUGAGAUCCCAGUCUUAAGGUCAAUCUCUGGAAAGUCAGUUGACUUUUGUUUCUGCAUCAGGCAUGCCCUAUUUGCGGCGAGGAGGUAUUCGGGUAG